AUGGCAAAGUAUUGCUGUUCCCGUGGACCAUAUUUUGUCAAGCAUCUUACUCCACAACAUAGAGAAUUUGAUGCUGUUGUACCUUGCUGUAUACGCGUAUGGGGGGACCGUCCGAAGUACUUGGGCCCAUUCUCGGAUCAAACUCCUUCGUACCUCACCGGAGAAUUUCCCCGCGACUAUGGGUGGGACACUGCCGGAAUAUCUGCCGAUCCAGAGACAUUCGCCGAGAACCGUGAACUCGAAGUGAUUCAUUCCAGAUGGGCCACGCUUGGUGCUCUGGGCUGCGUCUUCCCCGAAAUCCUUUUAAAGAACGGUGUCAAGUUCGGCGAGGCAGUUUGGUUCAAGGCCGGAGCCUUCUCCUAA